CGACGUUCAAUCGGUAGUGGUAGUUUGGCACGUUUGUUCAUCAUUAUAGAAGCCAAUGCUUCUGACAAGUGCGGAAUAUUAAAUAUAUUUUCAGCCUCAGGCUUUGGAUUGGUCUACACCAUCCCAGAUACGUGCCAUCUGUGGAGAUGCUUUUCCUCUUGCCACUGUUCGCCAUUAAAUUACUACUUUCCUGGCGCGGCAACCCAUUUGCAUCCUAUGCUGUUACAAAAGACGUGGUUUUAUUGUUUUGAGCUUUUGCCUUUGGUUAUUGAUGGUUUACAGGAAUCUCAGCUGAUUUUGCCUGUGAGAGCUCUUUUGGUUUGUUGGGCAACAAUGUCUGCUUGGAUUGGUGUCACAUGAAAUGCUGAAAGAGAAGUGUAUAUCAAUAUAGUGGUGGGUGUUGUGUGUUUUGCGACUCAGACAUGGACACUCCAAGGGGGUUUGCAGAAAUACUCUGGAGCUUCCUCUCUUUCUUACCAUAUUUCAUGCUGCUCUUUCUCCUCGGUGCUGUGAAAGGUAUCAUUUUCUGUCCAAUUGUAUGCCUUAUUAUGACGGUUGGAAAUUCAGCAGUGAUUUUGGGGCUUUGGCCAGCACACGUGAUCUGGACAUACUAUUGUGUGAUCAAAGCCAAAAGUAUAGGACCAACUUUGAAGUCUAUAUGUUGUAUAUGCCUUCCACUGCCACUAAUUUUGUGGCCAGUGGUAGCGAUUACUGGAAGCAUUUUGGCAGGCCUAAGCUAUGGCCUUCUCACACCCUUAGUGGCCACGUUUGAGGCUGUUGGAGAGGAACAUGAAAACAAGCUUGUUGAUUGCUUUUUGGAUGGUACAUGGAGUACAAUCAAGGGAAGUUGUACUGUAGUGCGGGACUUCACAGACAUAUGCUUUCAUUCUUACUUUUCUGUAAUGGAUGAAUUAUAUGAACAGCAACCCAAAAACGGGAAACCUUUGGAUAUCAAGUUGUUACAGCUACCAGGUUGUGUGCUAGUAGGGCUGCUUGGUGUCAUUGUGGAUGUGCCAAUGAUGUCGUUGAUAGCACUGUUUAAAGCUCCUUACAUGCUUUAUAAAGGAUGGCAAAGAUUACUGCAUGAUCUGAUAGGGAGGGAGGGUCCCUUCUUGGAGACAGUUUGUGUGCCAUUUGCAGGUCUUGCUAUCUUGCUUUGGCCUUUGGUAGUGGUUGUUGCAUUAGUAAGUGCAAUCAUGUCAAGUUUGUUCCUUGGCCUUUACGCCGGAGUUGUUGUAUACCAGGAAUCCUCAUUUUAUCUAGGACUAGCCUAUGUUGUAUCUUCUGUAGCAUUAUUCGAUGAGUAUACAAAUGACCUUUUGUACAUGCGAGAAGGAUCCUGCUUUCCCAGGCUCAAGUACCGCCGCAAUACUGCAGCUUUGUCUGGAAGAUUUUCGAGGCGGUAUUCACUUAAUAAGGAAAUAAUGGAUGAAAAGGAUGGUUCUAUAGCUCCAGGUAAUGAAAGGCGAGGCCCUCAGCGCACAAAGUCAUUGAAGAAGACUAUACAAGAACUAAAUACUGUGCAGAUAUGGGAUCAACUUUUUGAAUCCUACAAAACAAUUGGAAUGGCUCUAGUUGAUGAGGAUGUUGUCAAAGUUUCAGACAUAGAGGAGUGGAAUCAUACAGGGAAGUACAGUGUACUCACUACUGGGCUACCUGCUUACUGUAUUUUGAAGAAUCUUCUUCAUUCUGCAAAAUACAAUUCAGAAGGAUUUAUGUUGUCUGAUGGAAUUGAACUGACAUCCCUUAAUCGACCCGAAGAUCGAGUGUUUGAGUGGUUCUUUGAACCAUUACUGAUUAUAAAAGAGCAAAUCAUGGCUGAAAAUCUACAGGAGAGUGAAGAACUCUACUUAGAGAAAUUGGUACUACUGAGUGGUUUUCCAGAUCGUAUGAAAGCCUGGCAAAAUGGAGGGAUUUCUCCCGAAGAUGAUAUAAGAAGAGCCGAAUUGGAAGCAUUAAGUAGAAGGUUACAGGGGAUUGCAAAGUUAAUUUCAAGAAUACCGACUUUUAGGCGUCGAUUUCAGAAUGUAGUGAGGACUUUAAAUGUGGAAGCACAGUCGAGGGCAAGCAGCAGUAUACACAGCUCAAUAUCAAUUCGAGAGAGCAGCAUUUCUAAUUCCAAUUUGAAACCUGGGAAUUAUAUAGGUACAUUAUAAUUUAUUCACCCAAAGAUCAAGACUAAGUAAAAGCUCUAUUUUGGAGAGGAACCACAAUCUGAUGAGCUAUAAGACUGGUGACAUUUAGAAUGACCUUAUAAAUUGUUGUAACUUUAGUUUCCUUGAUUCCAACUUAAUUAUGUAUGUCAAUAAACAGUAAAAGUUUUUAUAACAGAGUAACUAUAUGUUCUUGGACGGAUUAAAUAAUUUAGCUGUUAUAAAUAGCAAGUACACUAGUUGGAUAGGUGGACCGUGGACCAGCCAAGCAUGUAGCCUAAAGUUUUCCUUUGCAGAUUUACAGAUAUUUGUGAGAUCGCAGAAAGUCUAAAGUGUCAUUUUCUUACAAUAUCAUUGAAUUUUGUGGGAAAGAACCUGAUGCUUGUGAUGGUAAACACACUUGUGAACACUAUUUUUCUUCUGAGUGAAGAACAUUUGAUGCUGAAACAUGUCAUUCCAAAAAAUUAAUUCACAAUAUGCAACCCAUACAUUAUUGUGAACCAUCUCAAUGCAAACUUUUCUUGCUAUAUGUUUCCCAGAAGAGACAUUCUUGGAUAGCAUGUAAAUGGAGAAGGGUCAGUCAUGUCAGGGAUGAAGUAAAUGCCUGAAAGAUACACAUGUAUAUUAAUUUCUUUACUUGGUUGUCUGUUAUGAAUUUUAAUAAUGUUAAGCAAUAUCACAAUUAGAUUCA